AUGGCCAGCUUCAACCCACCGAAGCAACUGGACUACCUAUCCAACCCCUGGAUGGCACCCCCGGCUAAGCUUACAAUUCCGAAAGUUAACGGGGUAGUGGGAUCUUGUCUACUGGACAAGGCUCUUACGUCGUUGCAUAACCUGAUUAAACAAGAUGCUUACGCCGCCCGGAUAUCCUUUGCCAAACAAACCCUCCUUCAGGAUGAGGAUCAAUUCUUGUCUACAAUAAACAAAGAAAAGGUACGUCAAUCUACUAGAUCAGUGGUCUUAGGAAAGGCGAAGGUGAUGAGCUAUGAAGACCUUGAGGAGGCACAAGCGAAGCGUGCUGCGAAAGAGAAGGCAAAAGAAAAAGGGAAAGCUACCGCAGGCAAGGGAAAACGUGGUCGUAAACGUAAGAAUCCUGAGCCGGAGACAAAGGUGCCAAAGGAUAAAGUGGCGCGGAUGAGCGAAGUACCAGAGCCAGUGAAGGCCCCAGAGUCAUGGAGGAUCCCAGUGGCGCGGAUGUAUUAG